UAGGCUCCAAAUACGGUUUAAGUAAACCGACGGUAAAUGAACAGCCAUGGUGGGUGGGUGGAGAGUUGUUUGUGACCUUUUGCUAUAAUCCAAAAUCUCGGAAACUAACGCAGCCGGAGCAAAAUGAGCCGGGCAUUGUUCAGAAAAGUCACCAACGACGCCGCACGGCUCAUAAGGCGGAACGCGGCGGCGGAAGAUCCUUUUGGUAAAACCAGCCUUGCUCUUUUGAACCUUAGGCGACUGCAAUCGAGGCCUCAGUUUCUUGGGAGAGGAAAGCAAACCGGGCUCCCACCUCCUCCUCCUUCCUCCUCGUCUGUUGGCUUCGUGGGAUGGUAUCUUGGUAUGGUGAAGUCACGCCCAGUUCUCACCAAAAGCGUCACGUCUUCCCUUAUCUACAUUGCCGCCGAUUUGUCUUCUCAGACCAUUGCGAAAAAGUCUUCAGACUCUUAUGACUUAGUGAGAACAGCAAGGAUGGGUGGAUAUGGUCUAUGUGUCUUGGGUCCAACACUUCACUGUUGGUUCAAUUUUAUGUCGAGACUCUUGCCCAGACAGGAUUUCAUCACAACGUUUAAGAAAAUGGCCAUGGGGAAUAUAAUCUACGGGCCUGUUAUGAUGGUGACUUUCUUCUCAUUGAAUGCGUUACUACAAGGUGAAGGCGGUUCUGAUAUAGUUGCCAGAUUGAAAAGGGACUUUCUCCCUGCGAUGCGAAACUGUGUCAUGUAUUGGCCUAUAUGUGAUUUUAUAACAUUCAAGUUCUUCCCCGUUCAUUUACAGCCUCUUGUAAGCAACGCGUUUUCCUAUUUGUGGACAAUCUACAUGACUUACAUGGGAAACCGUAAAAAGCCAGACGCUAUUUUAAGCUGAAACACUUGAAAGGUCUUCUACAAAGACAUGUUUUUCAUGAAGCAAUGAGUUUUGUUUCCUCUUACUUGUCUGAAUUACGUUCUUCUUCAAUGAAAUGUGACUUCCUGCAAAUAAGACAAGAGUCUAUCGAGGGACUUGGAUGUUAAAAGUUUCUUUUUCUUUAAUUGAAAAUUUAUUACAUUGAGAGACACAAGGAGGAAGAAAUACAGAAAAAGAAAGUAAAGAUAUCCUUCUAAACAAAUGGUGAUUUAAACUAUAUAUCUAUUAUAUAUAAACUAUUGUACAA